AUAAUCUGAUCAAAGCCAUCCUGUCAGCAACCAAAGAUUACCGUCUAACUCCAGCUCUUGACAGUCUCAGCUGCCGGCGUUGUAUUAUUGUGGGAAAUGGUGGAGUACUUGCAAAUAAGUCAUUGGGGUUAAAAAUUGAUGACUAUGAUGUUGUUGUCAGGCUGAACUCGGCUCCAGUGAAGGGCUUUGAAAAAGAUGUGGGUGGCAAGACAACUCUCCGGAUCACAUAUCCUGAAGGUGCAAUCCAGAAAAUGGAGCAGUAUGAGAAGGAUUCCCUGUUUGUUCUGGCAGGAUUCAAAUGGCAGGAUUUCAAGUGGCUGAAAUACAUUGUUUACAAGGAGAAAGUGAGUGCCUCUGAUGGCUUUUGGAAGUCAGUGGCAACUCGUGUCCCAAGAGAACCUCAUGAGAUACGUAUCCUGAAUCCCUACUUCAUCCAGGAGGCAGCUUUCAGCUUCAUUGGACUGCCUUUCAACAACGGCCUGAUGGGCAGAGGUGACAUCCCCACCUUGGGAAGCGUAGCAAUAACCAUGGCGCUCCACAACUGUGAUGAGGUGGCGGUAGCUGGGUUUGGCUAUGACAUGAGUUCACCCAAUGCACCGCUGCACUACUAUGAGAACAUCAAGAUGUCUGCCAUCAAAGAGUCCUGGACGCACAAUAUCCAGCGGGAGAAGGAGUUCCUGCGGAAGCUGGUGAAAGCCCGAGUCAUCACUGACCUAACCAGUGGGAUUUGAGUGGCUGCAGCCACUGCCUCCAAGGGAGGAGACAAAGACACACGCUGCAGCUCUGGGAGCAGGCACUGGCAGCCCCCCCGCAAGAAUCCCACCUCACUGAAGACACACAGAGAUGCCCAGGUGCUCUGGGAAGACCCUCUCACAUUGCCAGUCUGCACGAGGGUUGCAUCUGCUGCCUCCGGGCUUAGAGCUGGCAGGAGGUGGGCAAGGGACUGAGUGGGCUGUUCUUGAACUCUGCAUCGCAGACGGAUAUUCUGUGUCCUGAAUUAAACAGGAAAGACUCAGGAGAGAGAAGAAAGGUUUGUGAAUAAAACGAUUUGUGCCAAAUGGGAGGUGACGCUGCCCCGAGGCAGCAAUGCCUGAAUGUACAAAGUAUUAUUUUUUAAAAGAAACUCUGCUGGAAUCAUACUAGAAAUACCAAGGUGCAAGGCAAAGUCUGCUUGUGCACAGCCCUGCGAAAAGCCUGGCCUCUCCAUGCUCCACCUGUGUUGUCACCGGCCUCAGACCUUUCCCCAGGAAAACAAAUCCGUCCAAAAGUUCAGUGUCGUUGGUGCUGCUAUAAUUUGAAGGGAGAAUAAUGGCUUUCCCUCAUUCUCCACUUGGAGCUUCUGGAUGGAGAUGAGCAUGGGUUUGUUUUUCUGCACUUUUCCUUGCUUCCCGCAUAGAGGCGGCAGCAGCAGUCACUUACUUGGCUGCAUUUUCCAUAGCCGUUUGCCCUGCUCUGCCUCUGCCCUGACCCCAAGGUGGAGCGGGGAGCUGAUGGCUUUCUCUGCCUGCAGCAGACCCUCCCCACCUUCCUGCCGGUCACAGCGCUGAGGAACCUGCCUCGUUGUGCUCAAGGCUUUCAGGCCUCUUGGUUUGUGCCUGCUGUGCAGGGCCGCCGUGGAGUCCGUGCAGAUUGGUGUCACCAUUUCUAGACAGCAUCUCGCUUUAUUUUUGUGUGGGAGAGGAGUAAUUUAUUCUUUGGAAGGAGGUCAGAUCUUGCACAGAGAUCUGAAGCUUUACAAUUCGAGAGCAGGCCACCGAAGAUGUUUGUUUUACUUUCCAGACUCAAUCAUAUUCCCUAUUUAAGCGAUGUGUGACCUCAGUGAUGAUGGAGCCUGCUGGCACGGGUGGGGGCCUGCUGGGAACCCUCACCUUCUGCUCGGCCCCUGCUCACUUCGUUUCCAAGCUCCUCCCGUGCUGCUCUAGCACUGCUGCUCCUCCUGCUCUCAGGAGCACGUCCCUUCCUUUGCCGUCUUGGUCCCAAGAUGCAGUAUUUGCACAUUUGAUUUGUAUACGUAUUUCAGAGGAGCUGGAAUAAACUGAGCAGCGUGGCCGAGU